AUGGUCCACGUGGCCUACCUGCUGCUAGCACUCAUUUCAAUCGAGUGCUGCUACGCUAUCUCUAGACCUUUUAAAUACCGCAUCUACAUGUCUUUUAAGAACGUUUCGCUGGGUGUGGCCUGCUGCUUGCUGCUCCCAAUUCCCGUAAACACAGUCAUAUUCAUCGAGAUGGACGUUCACUUCAGUAGCUACCAGGGCCAGUGUAUCCAAGUGUGGGACCCCGCUAACCAGAGCCACAAGAUUUACAUGCUAAUGAUGUUUAUCCCAUUUGCGAUAAUCCCCAUGUUUGUUAUGGUGGUGUCGUAUCUCCUGAUAUUUAACGCAGUCUCGGCACGUCAAAGUGUCGUCUGUCCCACCUACACCAACAACAACCAGCUAAAAUCUGAACUCAGAAAGGAGUUUAAGGUGAGUUGGAAGAUUGCCAAGAUGGCUCUGAUAAUGAUAUUCUGUUUUGUGAUAACCUGGUUACCAAACUGUAUCCUCUCCCUCGCCUUCAUGUUCCGGCCUGAUGCUCUUAAGGCAAUACCCAUGUGGCUGAUAGACGUGUCAGGCUGGCUUUACUACGUAUCCCCCGCAAUCGACCCCGUUAUCUACACUCUCAGAAACCAAUCUCUCAGGUACAGUAUCAGAAGACUAAUAACAGGACCGUGUCUGAACAUCAUGCACCUCUCUAAGAACGUGUGCCACAGCUCCAUGAGUGAGCCCACACGCCUCACCUCCUACCGGCCCUCUAUCCGACCCUGUCACACCAGCUCCAGGGUAAACUCUCUUAACGACAACCUGCUCUUCAGACCCAGAAUAGAGCUCUGCAAGCUGCAGCCCAACAACGAGCCAGAUGACAGGAGGUUCAGCAUGCCUCAGAACUUUUAUAACAGGAGCUCAACCCGGGCCACUUUCAACUCAACUGCAGUACUGUGA